AUGUCUGGAAGUAGUAGUGAACUAUUUAAUUUGGUGAAGAAUUCCCGAUUGGCACAAGUUGCUAAACCACUUCUGAAUAAUAUUCGUGGGAAUUCCAAAACACCUACUCAUCAAAUAAUUUUUACUCCUAAAUCAAGUGCAUUAAGAUCUGAUUAUGGGUUAAAAUCAACAUUACCAAGUAAAAUUGGAUCAUCACAUAUUUCAUUUAAUGAUAUUGAUAAUCGUCAAAGUAUGCCUGAUGUUGAAAAAAAUUCUGGGUUCCAUUAUAAACAAUUAAUGUUUCAAGAAUUGGGAUUAUGUGUCAAGACUCAUUUCACGAAUAAAAAUCCAUUAUUUUAUCAUGAGAAUAAUAAAUCUAAUAGAUCAAUGAGAGAUGGAAGUUUAUCAAAUACAUUGAAUUUACCUACUAAAGUUCAAAUUCUGGAAAUUAAUAAAAUUUUGAAAAAAAAUCCUCAAAUUUACAAAGAAUUUCGUCAAUAUUUAGUUGAUACUUAUCCUAAUAUUUUAUUAUCAUCAUCAUCCUCACCAACUUCACAACUGGAAAUCAUUGAAGCAUUAAAAAAUUUUUUAUCAACUUCUUCACAAAUUUCCAAGAAAAAAAUCAAUUUAUUCACUACUCAUAAAAUUGAUCCUAAAUUUCAACAACAACAAAUUCAAGGUACUGGAGGAUUUUCUUAUAAUCAAAAAGGUCGAUUGAGAAACACUCCAAAUGGGAUUAAAUAUGGUACGGUAGUUCCAGGGAGAAUCAUUGCUAAUAAGGAAGCAGCAAUUACUGGGUUUGUUGCCAGUGUUACUGAUCGUUCAAUUACUUUACAAUCAAAUUAUGCUAAAAAUGCUCCAGGAAAACAUCAUCGUCAAUUUACUGUGCCAUUCAAAAUCAAUGAAGCUGAACUUGCUGAAGAUGGUUCCGUUAGAUUAUUUGCCGAAGGUAUUAAGACUGGGAAAUGGAUGGAAGCCAAUGAUAGAUAUGUUCCUACAAAAACUAAUUUCGCUAGUUCUUCAGAAAGAAAUAAAGCAGAUGGUAAAAGUUUGGAAAGUUUAUUGAAUUUAAUUCUUCCAACCAAAUAA